UGUAUGAAGGCUAAAUCAGGGUACGAAUGUGAUCAGAUGAUUUGCAUCACGCACAUACGUAUAUACGUCUGGCAUCGACGUUAAGGAGCAAAUACUCGACGACAGAGAUAAGGAGACGUGCCCCAUUAUAUUUACAAUAUCUGAAUUAUUGUUCCAGGAACGUGAAAUCUAUAGCUUGAAUCUUAUAAAUUAGAGUAUCAAAACCUUUGCCGUAAUCCCCAUUAUUCGGGAACAUAGGAAACAUUGUGAGCAUCUGAAUGCACAUCAUGCAAGAAUUGACAAUAAGAAAUCAAAGACGCCAGCAGUACAAAUAAUAAUUCAAAAAUAUAUAAGCCUUAUACAAUAGGAUAUUUUUGUUGUAGAAAUAAGUAAAAUUGAUGACAAAUAAUCGGGAUUGACCAAAACAUAAUCGUGUUCCAUGACGGGUUCGGUGAAUAGACAGCCUGGGGCUGGGGCAAUGAUGAAACAAGUCAAGAUUCAUCGUAUAACAGGGGUAGCACUGAAGUUACACAGCAUCAGGACACACAAACAAAUAAGAAUUCGUAUGAUACUCAACCAAACGUAGGAGUGAACAGUCACAGAGACAUAUCUUUAUCAGAUAAAAUUACGUCGACUGAUUUAGGAAACGGAAGGACAAGGAUUGAGUAUACCGAUGACGUUAAUCCUAGUAUGCUUGUUAAUAUGUCAAGACAUGACUUACAAAUUUCAACAAUGAAAAACAAUCCGAUUGAAGAUUUCCAGGAAAGAACAGAUCUGAUCAAUAAACUACCAGACAUUUUAGAAGCAAAUACUAAUGAAUUACAGCAGUGUCCAAGUGAUUUACAUAGUGUCACAGGGAAGGUAUGUCAACGACUUGAAACGUUGACCAGUGAAAGUCCAAUCAAAUGCAAAAUUUGUGGAAAAGUUUUUACCAAGAAGAAGAGUUUAGAAACACACCUUAGGACACACACAGAAGAAACUCCCUUCAAUUGUGAUAUAUGUGGAAAAGGAUUUAAGUUUUCUGCAGCUUUAAAGAGACAUCUACGAGUUCACACAGGUGAAAAACCUCACGGAUGUGAUGUAUGUGGGAAGAAAUUUGGUAGCAAAGGACAUCUAAAGGAACAUUUGAUAACCCAUACGGGAAUAAAACCUCAUAAGUGUGAAGUGUGUGGCAAGGAAUUCGGCCAAACAGGAGACUUAAAGAAACACGCCAAGAUUCACACAGGGGAAAGACCAUAUGUAUGUGAAAUAUGUGGAAGGGGUUUCGGUCGAUCUGGGCAUCUGAAAACACAUCGCAUUAUACAUACUGGAGAAAAACCAUAUACAUGUGAUUUUUGUGGAAAAAACUUCAGUCGAGCAAGUCAUUUAAAAGGACAUUUGACGAUUCACACGGGUGAAAAACCAUUUGUAUGUAAAAUUUGUGGGAAGGAUUUCAACCAGUCUGAAAAUCUUAAUCAACACUUAAAGAUACACACAGGCGAAAAACCCUUCAAGUGUGAUGUUUGUGGAAAGGAAGUGAGUCAGAAAAAUACACUGAUUGCUCACCUUCGCAUACAUACAGGAGAAAAACCUUUCAAGUGUGAUAUUUGUGAAAAAGAAUUCGCUUGGCAGGACAAUUUGAAACGACACCUGAUGGUACAUGCUGAGGUGAAAACAUUUAAGUGUGAAACAUGUGGAAAAGGUUUCAACAGAAAGGAACAUCUGAAACGACAUAUUGUUUGGAGACAUCAGGGAAAGAAGAUGUUUAAAUGUGGUAUCUGUCAGCAAGAGUUUACAGAAAGUGGAAACUUAAAACGACAUCACAUCAGAAAGCAUUCUGCUAAGACACAUAAUGACAUUGGACAUUAGGAGCUAUUGAUGCAACCAUUAAGAUACCUCAUAGAUAAUUUCACUUAAUUCAUAAUAAUGUAUUAUAAUUUUCUGAAUUGACCCUAAGAAUUUAUAACUCACGUUGAAGGCAGUAAUAUUUACGUAAUGUUAUCAACC